AUGACAGAAUCACCAACUUCCAAACAAACCUCCCCUAUUGAUCCAUACAAAUUUCUCAAAAUCAAACUCAACCCCGACGGCUCCCUAACAAGAACCCCCAUCAUCCCCACCGUACCACCGUCCCUCAAUCCCACCACCUCCCCUCCGCAACCAUCUCUCUCUAAAGACAUCACCUUAAACCCCGCCGCAAAAACCUCCAUCCGUCUCUACAUCCCACACCCUCCUCCACAUUCAAAACUCCCUCUCGUUCUCUACUUCCACGGCGGCGGUUUCAUUCUCUACCAAUCUUCCUCGUUAAUCUUCCACCAAUCAUGUUCCGAAUUAGCCGUGCAAAUACCCGCUGUCGUCGCCUCCGUCGAUUACCGUCUCUCGCCGGAGCAUCGUCUCCCCGCUGCCUACGACGACGCCGUCGAAUCUCUCCUCUGGCUCAAAUCCCAAGCACGAAAUCCAAAUGAAUCUGAUCCAUGGAUCAACCACCACGUGGAUCUCAAUAACUGCUUCUUGAUGGGAAACAGUGCAGGAGCUAAUAUUACCUACUUCGCAGGUCUACGUGCACUCGACCUUGAUCUCUCUCCUGUUAAAAUCCGAGGGCUGAUAUUAAACUCUAUAUUUUUCAGUGGGAUCCAGAGAACGGAAUCAGAGCUUCGUUUAAUUAACGAUCGUAUGUUACCAUUACCUGCGGGUGAUCUCAUGUGGAGCCUCUCUUUGCCUGAGGGUUCAGAUCGUGACCACGUGUACUGCAAUCCGACGGUUGCGGAUAGACUUUAUGGUGAGAAGAUCGGACGGCUGCCGAGGUGUUUUGUGAAUGGAUAUGGUGGAGAUCCGUUGGUGGAUAAGCAAAAGGAGUUGGUGAAGAUUUUGAAGGCACGUGGGGUGCACGUGGUGGAGUGGUUUUGUGAGGAUGGGUUUCAUGCUGUGGAAUUCUUUGACCGUUUUAAGGCACGGGAUUUGGUUGAUCAUGUAAGGAAAUUUGUAGCUACUCGUCAAUGCUCUUUGUGA